AUGCAAGCUAGAUUUGUGAUAGAUGUGGGUGAGAAAGCUCAAGUUCCCAUUAUUUCUUUUUCAGCCACAAGUCACUCGCUCUCUACAACCCAAAGCCUUUUCUUUAUUCGGACAGCCCUAGAUAAGAGGUCUGAUCUCUUUUUACUUGUAAAAGAAGCAGGCAUGAAUAGUGAAGGAUACGCAUGGAUCAUCACUGAUGGACUAUCGAGUUUGUUAGAUCCCAUGGGAGCAAGGGUCCUCGGUUCAAUGAAAGGUGUGUUAGGUAUAAGGCCAUACGUACUGCAUUCGAAGAGCCUUGAAAAAUUUAAACGGAAAUGGAAAAGUGGGAUUCACUUUAGUUCUACCAAAUUAAACAUUUUUGGUUUUUGGGCAUAUGAUACUGUUUGGGCACUAGCUAUGGCCGUUGAAAUGGUUAGACAUGAUCAGAGUUCCAGUGUUAUCGAACAAAAUUACAACAGAAAUGCAAGUCAGUUUCCUGAUAUAAGAGUCUCUAAAAUAGAGCGAAAGAUUAGAAAUAGGUUAUUACAUACCACAUUUAAAGGCCUCAAUGGAGAUUUCAAUUUGGUUAAAGGGCAGUUGCAGUUUUCAGCUUUUGAAAUCAUCAAUGUGGUAGAUAGCGACGAAAGAGCUAUUGGCUAUUGGACCCCUGAGAAUGGAUUGAUUGGGCAACUACGCAAACCUGGAAAGAAAUUUGAUGCAGUAGUGGGAGAUAUAACAAUUCUGGCGAUUCGGUCUCAAUAUGUAGAUUUUAUAUUGCCAUACUUGCAGUCACAUGUGUCAAUGGUUGUGAAAAUCGAAGAUGACGAGAAAAAGAAUAAGCGGAUAUUCUUAAAGCCGCUUAGUUGGGAUCUUUGGUUAACAACAAGGGCAGCUUUCAUCUGCACUGAUUUAGUAAUUUGGGUUCUGGAACACCAUAUAAACAACGAGUUCAGAGGUCCCCCGCAGCAACAAGAAGAAGAUAAUGAACAAUGUGUCAAAAUGUAUACUUAUUAUCUGGAUCUUUGUGGAACUCAUCCUCACCCAAAGUUACACCGCAAGCUUAACUUCAAUGUUAACAGUGCAACGAUACGAAACCGGUUCCUUCGUGAAAGACCUUUUGGUAAAGCAAUUGUAUUUGAUGAGUCUAAGUUGAAGAACUAUGGCACUGCCGAGGAGGUUGACGAAGCAUUAUCAAAGGGAAGCCAAAAUGGUAGUGUUGCUAUAAUUUUUGGUGCACAACAUUGCGUUGAGCUAUUUCUUUCCAAGUAUUGCGACAAGGCAAUCUUGAAUGUGACUGAAGAUAAGGCAAAAAUGGAUGCCAUGGAGCAAAAAUGUUUCUCACGAAAUCAUGCUUGUGAAAAUCAAGAUACAGCGAUUUCUUCCGAUAGUCUCAGCGUGUACAGCUUCGAGGUGGACACUAUGCAUCCAGACGGUUCAAUUUGGUCAAAAAUUAGUGAAUUGGUAAAGCGUUUUGAUCACCAAUCUCCAUAUCCCGUGAGAUCAGAUGAUAAUGCAACCAGUUCUCAAAGUGUUGAUGCUUCGUCUUAUUUUGUAAGUACUCCGAGUAGCUCAAGUACUUCCAAUCAAGUUGCAGAUGAUGCUGUCGUUGACAAUACUCGUAUUAGGUCAAGGACACAGAAUUUUAUUACAGUCAUACCCAGGGGCGGAGGGUAG